GUGGAUGCAACGUACACAACUAUGCGCAUCUGUUGGACGAGAGUCGCGUGGCAUUGUAUGACACGAUCGUCACCUUCGCUGAAUAUGUAUCGUCAAUCGAUUCCUAUUCGCUGUUCAAACUACGCCCAGUGAUCGAACCCAUCGGAAGUCAGUCACUCGCAAGUGGUCGUAGACAGCAGGCAUUAAUAAUUCUUCAACGGAGUACUCGUGCUAGUGUUAUCUAAAUUAAAUUGUCGUAGAGUUGCGUCGUACUACACAAAGGUUACGUUGGAAACAACCACACCCCACAACCCAAAAACAAAAACGACAAUUACCAUGGGCAAUUCGAAAUUUUCACGCAAUCAAAAGAAAGACGAAAGUCAAAAGGUGGAAGAGGGUGCAACAGAAGCUUCGCCACCAAAAUCUUCAAAAAACGAAAUCUCACGUCUUACGAUGGCCAGCGCAGAACAUGGAACGGAUCAGGCUGAUCGUGGCAUGCGCAAGGAGUACUUCAACAGCAGUGGAGCGGGCAAAUUUUUGCCACCCGUUUUGAAACUUCUAGAGCUGGCUGUCGCAAUCGUUUGCAUCGGACUGAUCGAUGAUCCAGCCCACAAUUCGCGGCUUCGCGUGUUCAUCUCAUCGCGCACCGUGGCGCUGGCUUACGCCACCUUCGCCAUGUUUUUGGUAUUCUCCGUGGUCUAUCUGUUCGGAAAGGUUAUACGGGACAACUUUCCGUGGAAACUGAGCUCACUGCUGAACUUGACCGGUUUCAUCUUAUACUUGGCGACAGCGGCAUGCAUUUUGAGCGAUUGGUCCGAGACGAAGAACCGAAACUAUUGGCCACCGAACACGCAAAGAAUGGAUUUCCUAUGCGGUGCUGGUUCGGUUGCAGUGGUUGGUGCGUUGUUCUACUUGAUCGAUCUAAUUGUCACCGUGCGCCUAGGCAUGAAGGGUGAAAUUGAGUAAAGGACGCUCAAGAGGAGGUUUUUUUAAAAAGAUUAUAUCAUAUCAUAGGCUACACAUUUUGUCGUACAAUUCUUCCAUCCCUUAGAUGUUAAGCUUACAAACGUUACAUGUUAUUUUCUUUUUCGAAACAACCUGUACAUAUCGAGAUACGAGCUAUGCAAGCCAAACUACCGUUUAGCCACACUUUCCAGCUGUGAUUAGUGCUGGAAAAUUACACAGACACCAUUAGCUCGAUCCAGUGACGAGACCGUCCAAAAGCAACUACAACCCGUUUCCGUCCAGAACAAUUGCCUCUCAACAAAGCUUUAUCACCUAAGCCAGGAUUAAAAUUCAUUAUCGAUUCUUAGCUCCAUCGUACAUUUUUUGGAAAUUAUUACUCAAACACUUCCCUGCGUCAUUUCCAUUCAGAGAAACCAGGAAUCAAUGUUUACAACCAUGUCUUAAUCUCAUACGAAUCUUUCCCAACGCUCUCACCAUCUGCAUUACAAUCAUCGAAUGGUAUUUGAGAUGUGUGAACUAAUCUACCAAAUAUUAGAGCGUAAGAAAUCGUAACGGAUUGCCGAGAAUCGUGAAUACUGUUUACGUUUUCGAGAGUCUUUAUUUAUGUUAAAAUUCUAUCACCAUAAUAAUAAUAAGAUUCAUUUCUAUUCAUAAGCAUCAAAUAAUUGCAGAUUUUUUACUUUUCAAUCAGUAUCUUCAAGUGAUUGAAUAGAAAAAAUGAUGUGCAUUAUAGACGGCGAGUGUUUUUUCUCUUCAAAAGCCAUACUUUAAAUUACUUUAAUAAAGGAAUAAGAUGGAAGUAAAUGUCCUCUUGUACAAAUUAAGUUUUCAAAAUAAUAUUAUUAAAACUAUUUGCGCACUUUACUGUGCGUCUAAACAACUAUUCUUGUUCGACCCAACAUUGAAAUUUCUAAUAAAAACAUAUUUGUGUCCCAAGUA